AUGGCAAGUGCUGAAGGCUUGCAUUUGACUCUUGUUUUCUUCAACGCUUUCUUGUCUUUCACCGCCAUCGUAUUAAACAUCAUAACCAUGCAAGCGCUCAGAAAAACGUCGUCGUUGCCUAAGACUUUAAAAACAUUGCUACUAAGCUUGGCUGUGUCUGAUCUGGGUGUAGGCUUACUUGUCCAACCACUGUAUGUUGCACUUCUUGUGAUGGAAAAAAACAGUACUGUUUAUAAUACAAUAGACAAAGCGCGUUCAAUCCAGGCAAGAACAUUGGUCUUUGCUUCGCAUUUUGGUGUUUUUGCAUUAGCUGUGGACAGGUUCUUGGCCAUUCAACUUCAUCUCAGAUAUCAGGAGCUUGUGACUCACAAACGUGUUGUUGCUGUUGUGAUCUCUUUCUGGGUGUUUAGUGCAUCAGUUUCCUAUCCAAGUCAUCCUAUUAUGCGAGCGGUCAUUUUCGUUGUUUGUCUCAUAACUACAGGAUUGCUUUAUUGCAAGAUAUACGCUUCCGUCAGACACCACACAAAUCAGAUUCACGCUCUGCAAGUGCAACAGGCGACACAGAAUGAACAUAUGGCAAAUGCCGCAAGGCUGAAAAAAUCUUCACUGGCUACAUUCUACGUUUAUUUCGUGUACUUAGUUUGCUAUUUGCCAGCAUCUUGUAUUCUUUUUGCCAAGGCCGUCAACGAUGAAACUCGCUUGUUAUCUCAGUUAUGGUAUAUCACAUUGACUAUUGUGUAUCUCAAUUCAUCCCUCAAUCCCUUGAUCUACUGCUGGAAGAUGAGACACAUUCGACAAACUGUUAUGGACAUACUUCGAAAUAUUUUCGCGAUUUUUGCCCACUAA